AGAUUAUGUCAUCCUUAGUCAAAAAGGCCUAAGACCCUUAUGAAUAAUUAAUCAAAGUGCUCUUGUUGGGCAACUCUGGAGUCGGCAAAACCCAGAUUCUCCUCAGAUACUGCGAUAACAACUUCAAAACAGGAUAUAUGUGUACAAUUGGUAAUCGAUUGUCCACUAUCAUUUAAUAGGAGUGGAUUUCAAAAUUAAGAAACUCUAGGUCGAUGAAAAAAUGGUUAAGAUGCAAAUAUGGGAUACAGCUGGACAAGAGAAAUAUCAGACCCUUACUCAGAAUUUCUACAAAGGAGCCAUGGGCAUUCUAUUGGUUUUUGCACUCAACAACAAGGAUUCUCUGAGAGACAUUGACAAGUGGAUGAAUUAAAUUAAAUAGCAUGCUAGUGAAAACAUCAUUAAAGUCUUAAUAGGUAUCUAUCGCCAUAUCAAUCAUAGGAAACAAGGCCGAUAUCAAGGAGAGAUGCAUUUCAAAUGAGGAGGCUCAAUCAUUGGCUGAAAAGUAUGGAAUCCCUUAUUUUGAAACCAGUGCUAAGGAAGGCACCAAUGUCAAUGAAGUAUUUUUGCAAGUUGCCAAAUUGAUUAACCAUCAUCACCAAGAUUAAUAAAAUGGCAAUGCUAAUAAAGUGCUUUCAAUUCAUUAAGACGAAAAAAAAGUGGAUUCCUCCUGUUGCUGA